CAGUAUGUAUUUUCUACCGGAUGUGGAAAAUAAUGCGACAGAACAAUUAAUUAAAUCGGUAUAUCGCCUUUAUUAUUUGUUGAUACCUGAUCCCGUUUAUAUUUAUGUCCUCUAAUGAAUUAAACAUAAUUUGCUCUUCGUGUCGGUCCGUUCUGAUGUGGCUGCUCAUUUCUGCCUUCGUUAGCCACGCGUCGCCAACCAGAGAUCAAGUGUAAUCGUAAACUAAGAGGGGGUAAAUGUGCACAGGAACGUCAGCAGAGUGCGAGGAGGGACCUGGUCGAGCAGAAGAGAGCCGUGAAGAGGAGAAUGAGCGACAACGUCAAAUACUGGUCGCUGUUUUCAAGAAGCAAGAUGAAGCACACAAGGCAGACAUCAGGGAAAAUCGUCAACUUGAGCAGCGGGCAUUGAGCUCCAGGGCGGAGCAGGUGGAACUUAAGCCCCCCUAUAUGAAAGAUGAAGAGAAGGAUCUUGAGGCCACAGGGAUUAAAGAGGAAGAGGAUGAACACAGCAUCACUCGGGAGGAAGAGCAGCUUCAAGGUGUGGAGGAUGGUGCCAUCGCCAAGUUUCCAUUCACUGUUAUUCAUGUGAAGUGUGAAGAUGAUGUUGAUGAUGAUGAAGGUGAUGGAAACCACCGCGGAGGCCGCUUCAUUACACUCUUAGAUUGUGAUGGCAGAAUAACAUCAGACUCUGCGGUUCCUGACGAUGAACAACACCCUCAAGGCGAUCGGACUUGUCACAGUGACAAAACACACUUCACAUGUCCUCAGUGUAACAAAACUUUCACCAACAAGAGGAACCUCAGAAGACACAUGGUAAUUCAUACGGGAGAAAAACCUUUUAUGUGUUCCGUUCGUGGGAAAAUAUUGUUUCAGAAGGGAUCUAUGAUAACACAUACAAGAAAACACACCGGAGAAAAACCAUUUUGCUGUUCGGUGUGCAACAAAUGUUUUAGUGAUUAUUCAACACUGGCGAAACACAUGAGAACACACACCGGUGAGAAACCCUUUUCAUGUUCAAUCUGCAGUAAAACAUUCUCUCAGAAGGUGGCAAUGCAAACACAUGCAAGAACAUAAACUGGAGAAAAAUCAUUUUUCUGCACCAUCUGCAGCACAAGUUUUAAUGUUCGUUCAACGUUGGUUCACCACAUGAGAACGCACAACGGUGAGAAACCUUUUACCUGCUCAGUGUGCGACAAAAGCUUUGGUCAUCCUGCAGGAUUGGCGAGGCACAUGAGAACGCACACGGGGGAGAAACCUUUUGCCUGCUCCGUCUGCAACAGACGUUUUUCAAGUCACAAGACUUUGGUUCAACACAUGAGAACGCACACUGGAGAGAACCCGUUCAUUUGUGCCGUUUGUGGUCAAAGUUUCUCUCAAAGCGGCGGUUUACAAAGACAUGUAAGAUCACACACUGGUGAGAAACCGUUCAGUUGCAGUGUGUGUGAGAAAAGAUUUAAUGACAAGUAUAAGGUGAAGAAGCACAAGUGUGCCGGAGAGAAGAGCGGCAGCACAUGAAGAGCAGGAAAGUGUGCCAUUGGGAAAAGCUCAGAAAAUUGAAGUGGUUGUGGUAGGUGCAAACUUGUAUAUGUGAUCCCAAAAUUGCUCUCAAGUACCAGUCAAACCUGAUGUUCAAAAGCAUUUGGACUUCAAGUUUCUAUGAUGCAUUUAUACAUCACCACAAUGGAUUUAAAAUAAAACAAUCAAGAUGUGAUCAAAGUGACAUUCGGCAUUUCCACUUGAAAGGUUUCACUGUGAAGACUGGAAAUACUGAUACGCUGUAUGACACAUUGGCCAUAUUAGGCAGAGUACGGUACAUCAAUUUGUAGGUACUCUUCUGUGUUGAGAAAACUUGUCCUAUUUAAUACUGUGGUAUCUUGACUUGCAAAUGUAAUUCAUGCUGUCACCCAGCUUGCAAAUACAUGAAUAUGAAAAUCGAUGUGUUUCCCCCUUUGCAAUAAAUUAAAAUGUCACGAUC